AUAAUUAAUAAUUAAUAAUACUUUGUAAUACCACGGAUUGUAUGAAAUAUUUUAUAUAAUCCGUAGUAGUAUUAUUUACUCUAUACGAAAAAUAAAUGGGAAUUGUGAAGCAUAGAAACAUAACAAAUUGUUAUUCUCUUUUCUGUGCUAUCAACCAUCGAUUGGCCGUUCAGUACGAAAUAAACUUGAUCUUUAAUGGAAUUAGUAAAUUGAAAUGUGUUUGUAGAUCAUUAUUACAAUAUUUUACUGUCAUUAUUAUUUCAGUAUUUUCGUCCACGGUUAUUACUGAAAAUUAUCUUGUUCAAUAUUGUAGUUAUAAUGUUGAGGCUUGCAAAGUCAUUCUCAAAAAGACGAUUAAAUGCCAGAGCUUUAAGUGUGUUAGAAGCCAAGCCAUUCAAAAAUACUAGCUUGCAAGUUGGACAAGAAGUAGAAGGUUUUGUUGUUAAAGAAGUAAAACCAAUCAGCGACUUUCAGCUUACAGCUUUACGUCUUGAGCAUAUCAAAACAGGAGCAGACUACUUACAUAUUGAUCGAAACGAUACAAACAAUGUUUUUAGUGUAGCAUUUCGUACAACUCCAAAACAAUCAAAUGGCCUACCACACAUACUUGAACAUACUACGUUGUGUGGAAGCAGAAAUUUUCCAUGUCGAGAUCCAUUUUUUAAAAUGCUCAAUCGUUCUAUGGCUAAUUUCAUGAAUGCAAUGACUGCUCCUGACUACACAUUUUAUCCUUUUUCAACUGAAAAUUAUUCCGAUUACUACAAUCUUAUGUCUGUGUAUUUAGAUGCAGUGUUGAAUCCUAUGUUAAGAGAAUCAGAUUUUCGUCAAGAAGGAUGGCGCUUAGAACAUACAUUAGUAGAUGAUAAAAAAUCACCAAUAGAAAUAAAAGGUGUCGUGUACAAUGAAAUGAAAGGUGUUUAUUCAGAUAACCAACAAAUAUAUAAUGAGAACUUCCUAAAUCAAAUAUUACCCAGUAACACCUAUGGAGUGAAUUCUGGAGGAGAUCCAAAUGUUAUACCAUCUUUAUCUCACUGUGACCUUGUAGAUUUUCAUGAUAGAUAUUAUCAUCCGAGUAAUGCCCGUUUUUACUCAUACGGCAGCUUUUGUUUGGAAAAUCAUUUGCAGUUUUUAAAUGAAAGAUAUUUGCUUGAAUAUACUUCAGAUAAAACUAUUAAACAUGAGACUAAAGUACCAAAUGAAGAACGAUGGACAACAUCUAGACGUUAUCAUGUUUCUUGCAGGGAAGAUCCUAUGAUACCUAAAGAUAAACAGUCAUCGUUGAGUAUUGGAACUUUAUGGAGUGAUAUUACUAAUGUACAAGAAACGUUUGAGUUAGCUAUACUCUCAAGACUACUGUUAAAUGGGCCAAACGCUAAAUUUUACAAAUCUUUAAUAGAACCAAAUAUUGGAACAGAUUUUAGCUCUACCACAGGAUUUACAGACCAAACUAAAGACACUUUUUUUGCUGUAGGUCUUCAAGGAUUAAAUGAAUCUAACUUUGAACUUGUAGAGUCAGUAUAUGAAGAAACCAUUAAAUCAGCAAUUGAAAACGGUUUUGAUGAUCGAGAUAUAGAAAAUAUUCUGCAUUCAGUGGAAUUGUCAAUGAGACAUCAAACUUCAAACUUUGGGUUGAAUCUCUUGUAUGGUAUAUUGCCGGUUUGGAACCAUGAAGGUAACAUUAUGAACACAAUGAAUGUUAGUGAAAAAAUUGGAAUUUUUAAAAAGAAUAUGGCUGAAAAUUCUAAUUAUCUACAAUUACUGGUAGAUAAAUAUUUAUUAAACAAUAAACAUAAACUCAUUAUAACAAUGUCACCUGAUGAAAACUAUGAGGAAUUGAGAAAAAAAACCGAAGAAAACUUAUUAAAAGAAAAAUUGGCUUUACUAUCAGAUGCAGAUAAGGAUAAUAUUUAUCAGCAAGGCCUUGAAUUACGUAAAGAACAAGAUGCAGAACAAGAUGCUUCAUGCUUGCCAUCUUUAAGUAUUGAUGAUUUAAAAAAAACAACAGACUCUGUAUUGUUCAAAAAAGAAAAGUUUGACAAAACGCCUGUCUUCAUAUUUCCUCAACCGACUAACCAAGUGACUUAUUUUAAUAGUCUAUUAAAUACAUUACACGUUCCUAAAGAUUUGAAACAAUUAAUUCCUUUGUUCUGUAACAUAGCUACUAGAAUGGGCACCAAGUCUAAAAACUUUAAACAAUUUGAUCAGUUGAUAAGAAAAUCAACUGGCGGUCUAGGAGUCUCUCAAACUAUUGUAGAUUCUCCCAGUGAAGUAUUUACUAUGAAAGAAGCAGUUGUUUUAAACUCUUAUUGUUUAGAUAAAAAUGUAAAAGAUAUGUUUAAGCUAUGGGAACAGAUUUUUUCUGAGUUAAUAUUUGAGGAUGAAAAUAGGUUUAAAAUUCUUGUACAAGAAGAAGCAAGUGGCCUAGCAAAUAGUAUAUCCGGCAGUGGGCACAUGUAUGCAAUGUUGUGUGCAGCUGCUGGUAUAAAUCCAAUCGACGCUCAACGUGAAUCAAACGGAGGGCUUCAAUAUGUUAGCUUAAUGAAAGAAAUAUCACAAAUGAAAGAUUUGUCACCAAUAUUAAACAAAUUGAAAGAAAUUGGUAAACAUUUAUUAAACAAAAAUACAAUGAAAUGCUCAUUAACUAUUGUAGAUGACAAUAUUGAAGCAGUGGUCAGCUUAAAAAACUUUAUUGGCACAACCAAUGGCAAAUGGAAUUUACAAAAUGAGUAUCGUAAAGUUGAACAAAACAAAACCAAUAUUAAAUGUUUCCAUCAUGUGUUACCAUUUUCGGUUAACUAUUGUGCAAAAGCUCUUCCGGGUGUCCCAUACAGUCAUAAAGAUUAUGCUACUCUUAAAGUACUUUGCAAAUAUUUAAGUUCUAAAUAUUUAUUACCCACAGUUAGAGAAAAAAAUGGUGCUUAUGGAGCUGGCGCUUCUAUAUCAACUUCUGGCACUAUUCAAAUGUAUUCAUAUAGAGAUCCAAAACCAACAAAAACAUUUGAAGCCUUUGACACAGUAUGUGAUUGGAUGAGCAAGAGGAAAGUAACAAUAGAGGAGUUAAAUGAGGCUAAACUAGCUGUUUUUCAAGGAAUCGAUCAUCCUAUAGCUCCUAUGGCUAAAGGCAAUGCUUUCUUUUUAUACGACAUGGAUGAAGAUAUAAGACAAAAACAUAGAAUGCAAGUACUAGGUGUAAAAGUUGAAGACAUAAUAAAUUUGGCAAACUCAUACUUUUCUAACGAAUGCUUUGCAAAAGUUAUGAUUGGACCAAAAUGCAAAGAAUUUAAUUCAGACUCUCAAUGGAAUAUUACAAACCAUGAAGAUUUAUAAACAAUGUUAAAAAUGUUUAAAUAUUUUUUUAAAUUUAUUUUGUUAUUUUGGAAGUUAAUAAAUUACUGUUUUACUGUUGUA